CGCAGUUUUCUCUCGACGGCAGACUAGACGGGACGACGAUGUCGGUGGAGAGUGGGGGAAGCCUGGCCGCAAGUGGGAGCCCGAGCAACUCGCUCUCCAUGGCCGCUUCCCUCGGUGCCUCCACCACUAGAACCGCUGUCCGGAGCACGGCGAUGGGAGUCGCCUACGAGGCUGGAGACCCGCGGGCUCGUAGCCCCGAGCGCACGCCAGCCACCGCCUCUGCUCUUCUGAGAACCGUGAAACAAGGCGUAGAGAGCGAGGAGGAAGGCCGGAAGAGACGAGGAAAGGGAGGAGGAGGGGGAGGGAAGAGAGAAAAGACCAACGGAAAGUUUCUGAACGCCAACAAGCAGCUGAUGAAGAAAGGUAUACUGGAGUUUGAGUCUCGCGCGGGAGACAGCGACCGCUCUUCGACGCUCCCCCACACCUCGACUUCACCACAACACAACAACUUCAGACCUCUCUCUGUCUACACCACAAGUCCACCCAAUACCCUCUCGGCAGAUGCCACCCCGACUGAUCUCAGACCUGGUGUCCUAGUAGCAGGGCCAGGAGGGAGCAUGCGUCGAGUCUUCCGAGACCAGUCACCCACCGAUGUCCUCCCGUACCCUGGAAACUCUGUCCAACUCGCCUUCUCCCCCGACAGCGGCUACGGAAACACUCCAGACGGUGUGAGACACUCUGACCAACAACCCCAAGCAGCUAAUACUUCUACCAAUGCCCUGAAUCUUCCUCGAAAUGGAAGUUCAAGUCGCUCUAACUCUGAGAGGACGAGCAGUUCGGAUAGUGUUGGAGUGACUGUGACCAUCGACUCUGGUGUAUCAUUCUGCGGUGCAGACAUGUCCGUCCCUCGCCCGGCGAAAUUUCGAAUCGGUGAAGCCGUCACCACUGCGUUUCCCGCCAUUUCUUCCCCUCCUCUCCCUAGCAACGGUGGAACUCCGUUGGAAUCUGAGACGGGCAGAGACAACCCAGCCUCUCCCUCUCAUUCCCUCACUCGGACUGUCAAUAAAACCCCUGGACAUCUUAUCUCCAGUGCAAACUCUCCUCGCCAUUACAACUCAUACUCUAUCAAUUUCCCUCUUUCGUCUGGCCCCAAAGGAGAGACACAAGUAUUCCAGUUUAAUCCACAGGUUACGACUUCAUCGAUGACGCAUGGAGUCUCCACCCCUGCCCUCUCCUCCCUCCCCCCCACCAGCCCUCGUCACAAAAAUCACCACACCCCCAACAACGAUGAUUAUCGGAGCCGAGACAGGGAGGCCCCGGGUAAUUCCAGACGUCAGACGUCUCCGGCACGAGAUUUGAGAGAUAGGGCUCGUCAGACGAGAUCUCGAUCGCAACCAAUGGUCGCAAGCCUCACACUGAAUAAGCCGUCGCCAGAUUCCCAUAAGGACCGUUCCAGUGGAAGUGGGCAGAAAGACUAUUUCCAAGUGACGGACGAGCUGUCUCGAGAGAACUCUCAUUUCUCCCUCUCAGAGGCCCUUAUCACCAUUGUUGAGCAGUACAAGGCCAACACAACUGAAGCCAGACAGGAAACACUUCGAGGCGAGCGAGACCAGCAAGCCACACCCCCUCCCGAUCCAAUGGACGCAGCUCCGAACUCUGACCUCUACACGACCUCGCCACCCCCGAGAUCGUGGGGCUCUCUCUCCUCUAUUGCCACCGAAGAUUCAGUGGACAAGUUCUCCCUGCAAAAGUCGACUCCAAAGAUCAGUCUGGUUGACCUCAUGAGGAACGCUGGCAGCGCUGUCCAGUCUGCAGAGUCAACUGCUCAGAGACUACUUCAGUUUAUUGCCGCACAGUACUCUGGAGUCGAGUCAGAGGACAUUGGAAACAGUUCCACUGUGCUGACCCUUCCAGUUGAUUUCCUCUGUUCACUGAGACAAGAUGAAGACCUCCAGAAAUCUGUGACUACAUCCAAUCCACCCACUCGAGGCAGCAAGGAUUGGGCUCCGCCUCGUGCCCAAAUCAUCUUCCACAUCAAAACUCCUCAAAGGAAUAUGAUGAAGCACCUGGCGGCUCAGGGGUACCGGUGCACGGGGUGUGGCAUGAGGCAAGAACCGUCCCAAGCACGUCAUUUCCGGUUCUGCAACUACACCGGCAAGUAUUACGUAUCAAACUUUGCCCACGACCUGCUGGAGAGGAUUCACUACGAACCAGUGUUUGAUCUCAACAACAUUAAUCCCUCAGAUCUACACCACUGUACCAUUACUAGCCCAGGCCAGGACGUGCACACGUACUCCAUUGACGACUUCCUACAAAUCAAGUUAAAACUACGAUACCUCCGAUCGCUACUGCAAGACUCUAUAAAACACGUCAAAUCUUGUCCCGCGGUGUUCGAGAUCCACCCAGUCGUGAACGGCUCUGGCAGAGUCAAAUUCGCCUGGCAGCGGUCCGUCGGAAACUACCUCGCCGUGUCCGGUGUCAACAAGGUAGUAAACAUUUACGAUCGUCACGGAGAGCACCAGAAUGACGUCAUAAUCCUACUUCCAGGCCUGUGUACCAGUCUGGACUGGGACAGAGAUGGAGAUGUACUGGCAGUCACACAGGACAAAAACGGGAUGCUGCAUCUGUGGAGUACACACAGUCCUGAAGUGAUCAAACUUGACUCAGGAAUGAAGGAGCACCUCACAGUAUGUGCAUGGGCAAAGACCUCCAACCAACUGGCGGUUGGAACUGCCAGAGGAAAUCUUCUUCUCUAUAACCACAGAUCGCGCAGGAAGAUACCGAUUCUCGGAAAGCAUUCUAAGGCCAUCACGACUGCAGCUUGGAGCUCUGAGAACUUGCUGGCUCUUGGUUCGGAGGAUCGCAGCAUGACCAUCAGCAACAGCCGAGGAGACACGCUCAAAUCUACUCAGUUGAGGGCAGAACCAUACGAUAUCCAGUUCUCCACUGUCACUGCAGAAGACGGAAUUACUUCAGCCACAAUUAUAACCACCGUGAUUUCUCACAAGACACUGAUGUUAAAUGACAUAGACAGUGAAGAAAACCCCAUCGAAUUAGCCUUCCAGGGUCGCUAUGGCAACAUCGUCUCGUACAGACCAUACGGUAAUGGAUGCAUCAUGAUUGGGUUUUCAAAUGGUUACUUCGUCGUAAUUUCCACAAGAAAGGACGAACACGGGCAGGAGCUGUUUUCAUCUCGAAACCACAAAGAUUGUCUCGGUGACGUGGCAAUAUCGACAUCCCUGAGCCAGGCAGCUUCCUGCGGAGAUAACUGCAUAAAGAUCCACGAUCUCUCUGAUCUCAAGGGCGUCUACACGAUCAUUGAUAUCGAAGAAGAGAAAGGUCAGUUGGAUAAGCUAAACUGGACAGAUGACGGCCAACUUCUCUCAGUCAGUACAGUAAACGGAGGUGUUCUGACGUACCUGGCCAAACUACCUCAACUGGGGGACUCCUCCUCGACCAGAGUGGCCUACCUCACCUCCCUUCUACAGGUUACUAUUGUGAACAAUGUGGAAGAGGAGCCAGCGAUAAAGAUGGAUACUGUGGUAGAGCCUUCUUUCCUGGCUCUUGGUCCGUUCCACAUGGCGGUGGGUAUCAAUGAUCGCUGCUGGAUCUACGAAAUCAGAGACCAUGGAGAGGUUUUCGAGAAGUCUUAUCUGGGAAAUGUGAUUAGUAUGGACCUCAACAGUCAGUAUGCCGCAGCUCUCUAUGAUGGCCAUAUUCUCCUCCACACGAUUGAUUCAACUUCUGAAGGAACUUAUCCUACAGGUGUGGAUGGAGGUAUGGGAGGGAGGGAGAGUCGAGUAUUUCCCGAGCAAGGAAAGGAGGAGCUAAUUCUGUCUAUGGGGCUGACUCAGGACUUCCUCAUAUACUCCACUCAGAGUGGUUGUCUCAGGCACUUCUUUCUUGAAGACUGGCAGUACGUCAAUGAGCACAGACAUGUAGUAGGUAUAGCUAGGGUGUGGCCAGACGCGAGUGGAACACGAGUGGUGUUUGUCGAUGAAAAGAGCGACGCUUUUCUGCUCAAUCCAGUAGAUGACAGUGUUCUAGAGCUGGCUCAUUUCCCACCUAAUGUUAGAGGAAUCCUCUGGGAGACCUGCCCACUAGAUAAGCACAUCUUCCUUGCCUAUGAUGAAGAGAGCAUGUUCACUUAUGUACACUCCAGGGACACUGUCACAGGUCCCACCUGCCAAAUGGUGGGAGCCACGAAGCUACCGUUCGGACUGACUCCACUGAUGAUGUACAACGGAGAGGUGACCUGCCAGAGCCUCACUGGGAAACUGGCAAUACUCAGACUGGGCACCCACAACUUUAGAGACGACCAGGACAUGGCUGAAGAGCAGUUGAGGGUGUCUCUACAAAAAAGCAUUAGCCUCAGAAGGUUCAAAGACGCGUGGUCCUACGCCCAAGCUCUGGAUGUGGCAAGCUGCUGGGAAGAACUGGCACAAGCUGCCCUCUAUCAUAUUGAUAUUGAACUAGCAAUCCGUGCCUACCGCCACCUCAAAAACGUGGCCAUGGUCUAUUCCCUGGAACAAGUUCAGCACGUGGAGGAUAGAAAUCUCCUGGUGGGCCACCUGGCAAUGUUCAUGGAGCAGUACAACGAGGCCCAAGACCAUCUCCUUGCCUCUUCUAACCCCAUGGCCGCACUCGAGAUGCGUCGAGACUUGCUCCACUGGGACCAGGCUCUCAGUCUGGCCAAGAGACUAGCUCCCGACCAGAUCCCAUACAUUUCAAAGGAGUAUGCCCAACAACUGGAGUUCACUGGAGACUAUGCCAAUGCUCUGUUCCACUAUGAGAAAGGAAUCUUGGAAUCCCCAGAGGACUCUGCUCACAGUGAGGUGUGCUGCUGUGGAGUCGCUAGAAUGGCCAUCAGAACUGGAGACAUUCGCAGGGGGAUCGGUAUGGCCCAGUCCAGAGAUAACAGACAGCUGAAAAGGGAUUGUGCAGCCAUCCUCGAAUCAAUGAAGCUGUAUGCUGAGGCUGGGGUGCUGUAUGACAGAGCAGAGAGCUGGGACAAGGCUGCCACAGUCUAUGUCAAGAGCAAGAACUGGGAUAAAGUGGGGGAGCUGCUGCAAAGGGUAUCAUCCUCGAGACUCCAUGCCCAGUAUGCCAAGGCCAGAGAGGCAGACGGACACUACAUGGAGGCAGCGAGAGCUUACGAGUCUGCUCACGAUCACGACAAUGCUGCCAGAGUGUACCUGGACCUGCUGAAGAGUCCAGAUGAGGCAGUGAGGAUUGUGAGAGGGUCUGGAUCAGUUGAAGGAGCCAAGAUGGUGGCAAGAUUCUUCCAGAAGACCGGAGACUAUUCUUCAGCUCUGCAGUUCCUGGUCCUGUCGAAAUGCAACGACGAAGCUUUCGCCAUGGCGGAGAGCUACGACCACAUGCAGCUGUAUGCGGAAGUGGUGGGAGAGGACUCCACUACAGAUGACUACCUCAGAAUAGCCACCCACUUCCAGAGGGUCUCUGAUCACUUGAGAGCCGGACAGUUCUUCCUCAAGGCCAGGGAAUUCACCAAGGCUUUGGAGCACUUCAUCCAGUGUUCUGUAUCAAAGUAUCCCGAGGGAGAGCACAUUGACCUGGCCAUCCAGACAGCAGCAGAAGCGGGAGAUGAAGCUCUGGUCCAGAGACUCACAGACUAUCUCAUUGGGGAGAUCGACGCAGUCCCCAAGGAUGCGAGGUACCUGUUCCAGAUGUACAUGGCCCUAGGGCAGUACCCCGAGGCGGCCAGGACCGCGAUACUCAUUGCCAGGGAAGAUCAGACGGCCGGAAACUAUCGCAACGCCCACGACGUCCUCUUCCAUAUGUACACAGAGCUGAGAGACCGAGACAUCAGGAUCCCAGCUGAGAUGGUCCAGAACCUCAUGUUGCUGCACAGCUACGUUCUAGUAAAGUUGCAUGUGAAGCAAGGCAAUCACAUGAAGGCUGCCAGACUUCUCAUUAGGGUGGCCAACAACAUCAGCAAGUUCCCCAGCCACGUGGUACCAAUACUGACGUCGACAGUGAUAGAGUGCCAGAGAGCGGGACUGAAAGGAUCUGCGUUUGGUUUUGCCGCGAUGCUCAUGAGGCCAGAGUACCGCCAGCAGAUUGACGUCAAGUGGAGGAAGAAGAUUGAGCAGAUAGUCAGGAAACCAGACAAGACAGAGUUGGAGGAGGAGGUGAGGGGAUGUCUCCACUGUUCCCAUCCUCUCCCUCUCACCUCCCUGGACUGCCCUCAGUGCAAGAACACCCUGCACUACUGCAUCGUCACUGGGCAACACAUGGCAAAGGACAACUGGACUGAAUGUCCUCAUUGCAAGUUCCCUGCUCUUCUCACUGAGUUUCAGAGUUUGCUGGAGAGUGAGAAAGGGGACGGCAUGUGUCCAAUGUGCAGUCUACCAGUCAAAUCCAGCGACCUCGUCCUCAUCUCCAGAGAAAACUGACAGUUUAUCAAAAGAUUAUACUAAUAUGCACACACUCUACUGGCCCACAAUCACUAUAGGUUUGUUUUUCUACAACAUGAAUUAUAAUAUGAAGCCCCACUGCAAUCCUGAGAAUUGUGCUAAUUAACUCACCUGACAUUAUUGCCUGCUGUCUAUAACUCAUAAGAUGGUGCUAUCUUAGUGUGCUGAAAGGCCAGUGAAUUGUGAUAUGUGUGGAACACAUGAAAAUCUGAGGCACAGCUCUGAACAAAGCUAGUGAACGUGUUGAUUACAAAUGAAGCACCAUUCCGAUCAUGAUAAAUCACCCCAUGAGUAUUAUAUAAGAACAGGAAAAAAAGAGAAUUAUAGUGAUGAAAGUGUUAUGAGCUUUCUUCUGCAGUUUUCUGCUGUUGCAGUUCGGCACGAAAGUAAUCCACUGUCUUUUGGAUCCCAGCUUUCAAGGUCACCUUUGGUUCCCAGCCAAGCACUGCCUUGGCUCUCUCAAUGGACGGUCUUCGUCUCUUAGGAUCAUCCUGAGUUGGAGGCAACAGCUCUAUGGUGGAUGUCGUACCCUCUAUGCUGGCUAAGAUUUUCUCCGCAAAGUCGAGAAUCGUGUAUUCGUCGGGAUUUCCCAGAUUAACCGGGUCGGAGUAGUUGCUGUUCAUCAGUAAAAUCAUCCCUUCAAUCAGGUCACUGAUGUACAUGAACGAACGCGACUGGUUCCCUGGAGCAAACACCUGUUAUAGCAAUGACAGCAAACAUAGACCGUUCAUAAGAACAUCACAAAUUUGACAAACGGUGAGAGUUUGGUUCAGAAGAGCUUGAAUGAUGAAGUUGCUAACGACUCUACCUGUCAUACAUGUGCAUCUUGGGGCCGUAGGUGUUGAAUAUCCUGGCGACCCUCACGUCCACGUCUUCUUGUUUAGCGUAGGCAUAGGCCAUCGUCUCUGCUACUCUUUUCCCCUCGUCGUAGCAGGCUCUGGGACCAAUGGGGUUAACGUGUCCCCAAUAUUCCUCCACUUGAGGGUGAACCUCUGGGUCUCCAUAUACUUCAGAUGUUGAGCUAAGUAAAAUCUUUCCUUUUACUCUCUUUGCCAGACCCAGCAUGUUCAGCGUUCCGAGAGCGUUUGUCUUGAUAGUCUUGAUGGGAUUGUACAUGUACUUGACUGGAGAAGCAGGCGACGCCAAGUGGUAUAUUUCAUCAACUUCUAUCAUGAGAGGGUUGACGAUGUCGUGGUUUACUAGUUCAAAAUUAUCGUGGCCAAU